AUGUCAGAAGAACCAGCGGUAAACGGUGUCGGUGGUACCGAUGAACAAACCGAAAAUGUAGAUGAUGUGAAUGCUAAGAAAACUGUGAAAUAUGACAGCGGAGCAGCGGAUCUAGAAAAAGUGACUGACUAUGCGGAAGAAAAGGAAGUCAUAUCGACCGAUGACAUAUCUGGAGCAAUGACCAUCAUUGGUGACAGGAGGUUAAAAGAAGCGGCCGACAAAAUAGCAAAAGAAAAAGAACUGCAAAAGGUCUCCAUAAAAAAGUCUGAUGUUGAACUGAUUAUACGAGAAAUGGAAAUAUCGAAAACGCUGGCUGAGAGGACGUUAAGGGAAUGUCACGGAGACGUCGUCAAAGCCCUGGUUGCCUUGACAAAUUGA